GCAAGAUAAACUUUUCUUUAUACUUUUCUGGGUCAUUUACAAAGGACAGGACAAUCGCCAUGCCUCUUGUUUAUCCUGUGUCGAUAUCCACAACCGAAAUGCACACUGGUGGAGAACCUUUAAGGAUCAUAGAAAAAGGAUACCCAGAAAUCAAAGGUCGAACACUUCUGGACAAAAUUAACUAUCUCAAAAGUGACUUGGACGAGUACCGGAAAUUGUUAAUGUGGGAACCGCGGGGACACUAUGACAUGUAUGGAGCGCUGCUCGUGCCUUCGGAUAUAGAAACGUGUGAUUUUGCUUCAAUCUUUAUUCAUAACGAGGGAUACUCCACAAUGUGUGGGCAUGCUGUGAUUGCAAUAGGACGUUAUGCCAUAGAAAAGGGGCUCGUAAAAAACGUCACUGUUCCAGAGACUCAGAUAAAUAUUCAAUGUCCUUGUGGGCCGGUGGCUGCUUACGUCACAUAUGAUGGGCAGAACACCAGCGCCGUGAGGUUCCAAAGUGUGCCUUGCUUCGUCUUUAAACCAGAUCUGAGCGUGGAUGUUCCUGGCUUUGGUAAAAUAACGGUGGACAUUGUGUAUGGAGGAGCUUUCUAUGCCAUUUUGUCAGCUGGACAAUAUGGUCUGGAUGUCAGGAACUCACGAGUGUCCGAGCUGAGGGCAGCGGCUGGAGCCACGACAGACAUUUUGAGAGGGCAGCUGUUGCUGGAGCACCCCGAGACUGAAGGCGUGUCUUUUCUAUAUGGUACGAUUCUAACGGACGGAAACGAUGACCAUUCAGAUGAAAUUACAGACACUAUGUGUGUGUUUGCUGAGAGAGAG